AUGGACGUUGUACUGCAGAAGCACCAAGCAAAGCCGGUCUGCGAAGUUCCCGACGGUCUUUGUGAACUCUGCGCCGACAUAUCACGUGAGGUGAUACGAUACCAGCCUGACGAUGCUUACUGCUUUAUCGCCGAUUACUUGGAUGCUCUCCUGAUUACUCGUGAAAACGCCAAUAUUGCCGUAAAGGUCGUGCGUAACGUCGUAAUGAGAGGCGAACAGAUAGCCGAAAUUCUGGCAAUGACCGGUCUCAAGUUGGAGGAAAUCGCCGCAGCAAUGCCACGACUACGAAACGCUUUUAGAGAAUACUUGGAUGCCAUCGAAGCACAAAAUAAAUCGUGCGGGUGUGACGACAUCGAGGCAGGCGAGCAGUGUGAGAUGUCCAUCUGCUGUAUUUUACGAGGAAUCGGAGUCUCUUAUCAAAAAGCCCAGAGCGCAGCGAUAAAGAUACAAGCUGCAUUCCGAGGUCACUACGAAAGGAUGCUGCUGGCCGAAAAAAGGGGUGAUAUCUGUUGGCAGAGGGCCGCAGUCACCACCAUUGAAAUUUUGCGCAAAGCCGGGGUUUCGCGGAGCGAGGCUGUUCACGCUGCGACUGUUAUUCAGUCGGUUUAUCGAGGGUACUAUACGAGACGGAAUUUAAAGCUGAGAGAAGAGCGUCUGCGAGAAAUGGGUAUAGUGGAGGCAAAAGGAGCCAUUGGAGGGGAUUUGGAUGCUUGGUUUUCGGCGCUGCUCGAAGAGACCGGUCUUACGCUCACACGUGCAAACGAAGCUGCGAUAAUUAUCCAGACCGUUUUCAGGCAAUACUGGAAACGGAAGCACGAGGAGCCUCGCAGCCUCUCCAAGAGCUUAUCCAGCCCGAGCAAACUGACCGCGCUGAGCACAACGUCGACCGACAUCGCGAGCAGCUCCCAGGCUUCGGCCCGAAAACGCACCGGACCUUCAGGCGUGGCGGAAUCGUCCGAGGACGACUACGACGGUAAAGUCAAGGAGUUGAGAUUCCAAUCCAACGUGCAGAUUUCGAUCAUUGAGGCCGAAGGUGAUCGUGAUUACGCUCGAAACGACAGUGAUGAUGUGGUGGAGGAAGGGGACAACAAACCCGCGAUCCCUCCCGAUAGUGAAGACAGUAAGGGGGCCGUGGGAAAGACGGAAGAGAAAGUCGAGGUUCCUCUCGGCAGCUAUGAAGAAUCUCGGGAGGUCGAAAACGCCGGGGGGGUGGAUGAGGAAGCGAAAGUAUCGAUAGCCGAAUCCACGGAUCAGGUUCGAGACACGGAAACGGAGGAAGGAAAAAGCCGAAACGAAACGCUCUCUGAAUCCAAAGGAGAAGAAGAUGAGCGUAAAGAUUAG